CUCUUCCUCUUACAAAAUCCCAGAAUGGCGGCCGGUACUUUGUACACUUAUCCGGACAGUUUCCGAGCCCAAAAAAUCUUGAUCGCUGCUGAAUACAGCGGCACGAAAAUCAAUGUUCCUCCGUUUACGGUUGGCAAGGACAACAAGACUGAAGAAUUCCUGAAGAAAUUYCCUCUUGGAAAGGUUCCUGCCUUUGAGACAAGUGAUGGAAAAUACUUGUAUGAAAGCAACGCCAUUGCAUACUAUGUAUCAAAUGAACAACUUCAUGGAACCAACAAGUUUGAUGCUGCAAUGAUCCAACAGUACGUCAACUUUGCUGACCAGGAAAUCCUGCCAGCGGCUGCCACCUGGGUCUUCCCUACUCUUGGCCUUACACAGUACCAAAAACAGGCCACAGACAAGGCCAUGGAAGAUAUCAAGAAGUGUAUGGCUGCCCUAAAUAAUGCACUUCUCACCAAGACAUUCCUUGUUGGAGAAAGAGUCACUCUWGCUGACAUUGCAGUCUGCUGUAACUUGGUUUUACUAUACAAACAGGUUAUGGAACCAUCCUUCCGAGAUGCGUACGGCAACGUCAACAGAUGGUUUAUGACCUGUAUUAACCAACCACAUUUCAAGAAGAUUCUUGGUGAAGUGAAGCUUUGUGAACACAUGGCAAAGUUUGAUAGCAAGAAGUACUUUUCCCUUCACCCAAAAAAGGACGACAAGAAAAAGGAGACAAAACCUAAAGAACAAAAACCAAAACCAGCAAAGAAAGAAGAGCCCAAAGAUGAAACACCUAAAGAAGAAGAGAAGCCAAAACCAAAAGCAGGAGAUCCUUUUGCUGAACUACCUCCCACUUAAAUGACAGCUGGAACAUUGACGCUCCGUCUUACAAAUGGACAAAAUUGGACAUCAACAACGAGGAAGACAAAAAGAAGAUCAAUGAUUAUCUCCUAUGGGAUGAGAAUUUGUCCUACGAUGGCAAAAAGCUUGAAGACGGAGAAAUCUUCAAAUGAAUCAAUUUAAGUUUGAUGUCUUCUCAGUAGGAUAAUAAUAAAGUUAUGUGGCAGUUAGACUGAA